AUGGCGGCACACGCCAAACCGGAGAACCAGAGUGCCCCAAGUGGACGGGUGCUAAGCUUCUACAGGAACUCCACCGUUCUACUGACGGGUGGGACCGGUUUUCUAGGAAAGGUGCUGCUCGAGAAAAUCCUACGCUGUCUGGGCGUGCGAAAGGUGUUCCUGCUGAUCCGCUCGAAAGACAACCGGAAGCCGACCGAACGACUACAGCGGCUGCUCCAGGACGCGAUCUUCGAUAGGUUACGGGAGGAAACGUCACCGGAGCAACUCCUGGAACGACUGGAAGCGGUCGAGAUUUCACUGGACGCCGACCGACUCGGGAUGGAAGCGACGGCCGAGGCACGACUCCUGACCGAAACGGAACUCGUCUUCAACGUGCUGGCGUCGGUGAAGUUUAACGAGAGUGUCAAAAAUGCCAUCGCCACCAACGUCGGCGGUACGCAAAAGGUGCUGACGUUAGCCCGCCGAAUGCCUCGGCUGAAGGCCGUCGUCCACGUGUCCACCCUGUACUCGCACUGCGAUCGGACCACGAUCGAGGAGCGCGUCCACCAGGACGGACAGCUUAAUCCAGCGACCGUGCUGCAGCUUUCCAGCACACUGUCCGCGGAAGAAAUGGACCAACUCCGGCACUGCCUGGUGGGGCACCUACCGAACACGUACACGUUCAGUAAGCGCUGUGCCGAGGCGCUGAUUGUCCAGGAGUUUUCCGACCUGCCCGUCGGUAUCUUUCGGCCACCGAUCGUGCUCUCCACGUACCGCGAACCGAUCGCCGGGUGGACCGACAAUCUGAACGGACCGUCCGGGCUGUGUCUGUGGACGGUGAAAGGCUUCAUCCACGUGAUUCACGGUGAUGGACGCCGGAAAGCCAACUUGGUGCCGGUGGACUGCUGCGUCAACGCCAUGAUUGUGGCCGGCUAUGACGUGGCCGAGCGGUCGAUAGUGGCCAGUCGGGACGUAGACGUGGAACCAACCCGCUGUGAACGGGACCAGCUGACGGUCCCGACGGUGUACAACUACGUGUACGACAAGCCAAAUCUCACCUGGGGCCGCUACAUGAGCCAGGUGUCGCUCGGGUUCGAUGGACUGUUGCAUCAGCUGUGGUGGAACCACUCGUACGCGAUCGUCUCGAACGGAGCACUGUUCCGGGUGCUCGCCCUAUGCUGCCACACCGUUCCGGCCGGGCUGGCCGAUCUCUUCCGGCGUGCCUGCGGUCGACGGCCAGUCUUCAGCAAGAUGGUCUCGAAGACGGCACGAUUCCUGGAAACGAUGUCCUACUUCGGGCUCCGCGAAUGGGCGGCCGUCAACGACAACGUCGUUCGCCUGCGAACCCUGCUCGGCCAUGGCGAAGCGCAGCUCCUGGAGUUUGAUCUCGCCGCGGUCGACUGGGACGAGUACUUUCGGACGUACAUCCCGGGCAUCCGACGCUACGUACUCGGCGAGCCGCAGUACGGCUGCCGUUGGAGUGGUCACUGGAAUCGAAGGAUACACUUCUGGUGUCAAUUAUUGUACAAAGCCCUCUGGAUCUACGUUUGCCUGCGGUUCGCCCGACGGGUGCACCGUACGUACGUGGUGCGUAAUUUGUUUUCGAUUCUGAUUUCCCAGGGACACGUGGCGUGA